CCCCAAAGUACAUUCACCAGAACUCAAAUCCACCGCAUACAAGACACUGGUCAGAACCUAGCUGGAGUACAGUUUCUCCGUGUGGUCCCCGCAUACCGCGACUCGCAUUGAAGCUUGCGUCAGUUCAGCGUAGGGCUGCCCGUUUGGCCAAACAGGACUUCAGUAGGCUGUCCAGUGUCACAGACAUGCUUACUUCCUUAAACUGGCGACGCCUUGACCUCCGCCAUAUUGACCAGCGCCUGGUUAUUUUUCACAACAUCUUGCAUAACCAGGUAGCCAUUCCGAUACCUGACUACUUCAAACCAAUCACUAGACCAUCAAGAACCUCCCAUACAAAAGCAUUCCAGAACAUCCAAACCACAACCGAUUAUCAUAAGUUUUCCUUCUUUUCCAGAACAACCAUCCACUGGAAAGCUCUACCUCCUGACAUUGUCACCCUACUUGGACCUGAGUUCAGCCUGGCUGUUAGCCGGGUUGAACAUUCCUCUAUAUUUUAUAUCCUUUUUUCAGUCUUACAAACUUUCUUGUCGGUUGACGCGCGACAUGUCUUUGUCCCCAGACAAUUGGACGAUUUUGCAACGUCACGACGUCAUUGACGUCAUUGGCGUCAUUGACGUUACUGUCGUUAGAAACGCAUUAAGCAAUACAAGAGAACGGACGCAACGACACAUCAAGAAAUAUUUAAAUAAACGCAAAUGUACGAUAUAGCAUUGAAUCAAGAGACGCGCAAUUUAUUCCAGCCUACCCCAGUUGGAAGGUAUUUCGUAUCUCAAGGGGGUUAUCCAGCUUUCGUGAACGACGUGAUUAUGCCCAUGAUAGCGAAACUUGCAGUCGAACUUCACGAAGCACGAGUAGCAUGCAGUGAGAUGUACCCAAUAGUUCGACGGCGAGUGCAGAACUACGUACUCGAAGAGGCUACAAAAGAAGGAUUUCUAUGCGCCAGGCCGCGUCGCAGAAUAAGGCAUCAGAACAGAAAAGAACAGGGCUGCACAGAUGACAAGCGCUGCGCAGAUGGCAAAAGCUGCGCAGAUGACAAAGGCUGUGCAGAUUUCAAAGGCAGCUCAAAUGACAAGGGCUGCACUAAUGACAAGGGCUGCGGAGAUGACAAAAGCUGCGCAGAAGACAAAAGCUGCGCAGAUGACAAAGGCUGCGCAGAUGACAAAGGCAGUGCAGAUGACGAGGCAUGCACAGAUGACAAAGGCUGUGCAGAUGACAAAGGCUGCGCAGAUGAAAAAGGCUGCGCAGAUGAGAAAGGCUGCGCAGAUGACAAGGGUCUCAGAGAUGACAAGGGAUGCACAGAUAACACGGGUUGCGCAGAUGACAAAGGCGACGCAGAUGACAAAGGCUGCGAAUAUGACAAAGGCUGUGCAGAUGACAAAGGCUGCGCAGAUGACAAAAGCAGUGCAGAUGACAAAGGCUGCGCAUUUGACAAAGGCAGUGCAGAUGACAGUGCAGAUGACAAAGGCUGCGUAGUUGACAAAGGCAGUGUAGAUGACAAAGGCUGUGCAGAUGACAAAGGCUGCGCAGAUGACAAAUGCAGUGAAGAUGACAAAGGCUGCGCAGAUGACAAAGGCUGCGCAGAUGACAAAGGCAGUGCAGAUGACAAGGGCCUCGCAUAUGACAAAGGCUGCGCAGAUGACAAUGGCUGCAAUGAUGAUGACAACGGGAUUGAGGAUUGCGUGCUCCUGGGUGAUGACAAGAACCGCUCUGACGAAAAGAACCCGCAGCCAUAUAAGGACGACGCCAAUAGUGGCUUAGCAAAGAAGAAAGCGUCGGGCACAGGACGGCAACUCCUAAAACGAAUCCAUGGAGUAUUAAAACGAUUGUGUUGCAUUCAGAAAAUCAAAUACUAACUUGACAAAAAAAUUGUUCACUUCCAUUUAUUAUAAUUUUUUAUAGUUAUUUCAUUUGAAUAAA